AUGUUUACGUUUGCUACAGCCAUUUCGUUCAAUGUGUCUUCUUUGAUGACUUGCAGAUUUUUUGCUGGAUUCUUUGCUGGCGCCCCAAUUGUCUCCGCUGGUGGUGUUUUAGCAGACCUUUGGGAUCCCUCCUUUAGAGGGGUUGCAUUUGCAAUAUAUGCAUGUUUUGUUGCUAAUGGUGCUUCUUUUGGGCCAGUUGUUAGCUCCCUUUUGACGAAUAGUAAUAGCAGUGUGGAAUCCUGGAGAAUCACGCAAUGGUUUUGUGGAUUAGGGCAGUUAGUUCUGUUUGUUUUGAUGUACUUGUUCACAGAGGAGACUUUUGAGAAUAAAACCUUGCAAAAACUGGUAACGUGGUACAGAAUCAAAGAAGAUAAGUGGCUGCUACACACUAAAGCAGAUACAGUUUAUUUGGACUUCAAAGGGAUGCUACUUUUACAUGUUGUAAGGCCAUUUGAAAUGCUGUCCAUACCGGUUGUGUUUACCAUGGCAUUGUUUGCAAGUUAUGUUUACGGUCUCUUCUACCUAAUGAUAACCAACAUCUCGACUGCUUUUGAAUUAUCGAGGGGCUGGACGGGAACGAUUACGGAAGUUCCAAAUGUUUCAUUAUUUCUAGGAGUUGUAUUUGGCUGUAUUGGGAACAUUUUAUGGGCACUCAAGUAUUUGGAAAUUGUGAGGAGCAACAAAGGGGAGGCAAUUCCUGAACAGAGGUUCCCCAUAAUGAUGAUGCUUGGCUGGAUGAUGCCAGUGGGGAUCUUUGUUUUUGGAUGGACCUGUGAUGCCAAUAUCCACUGGAUUGUUCCAUGCAUUGGUGUUUCAAUGAUUGGGGCCGGCUUUAUAACUAUAUUCCAGGGCUGUAUUAAUUAUCUGGUUGAUUCCUAUCCAAUACACGCAGCUUCUGCUAUUGCUGCUAACACGUUCAUGAGAUCCGCCUUUGCCGCUAUCUUUCCUUUGUUUGCAAAGCAAUUAUUCGUUAACCUGGGGGUUCACUGGGGUUCAAGCCUAAUUGGAUUUGUUGCUUUAGGUAUGAUACCUAUCCCCUUUGUGUUAUUUGUUGUUGGGAAAAAACUAAGAGCAUCUCACUGGGACAAACUUCAAGGAUAG